AUGUCGCUGUCCAGCGGGGAGCGCCCUGCUUGGCCAGGGACUCGCCUGUCCUGGUUGCUAUGCUGCAGCGCCCUGUUGUCCCCAGCCGCCGGCUACGUGAUUGUGAGCUCGGUGUCCUGGGCUGUCACCAACGAGGUAGAGGAGGAGCUGGACAGCGCGUCCACCGAGGAGGCUCUGCCCGCGCUGCUGGAGGACUCGAGCAGCAUCUGGCAGCAGAGCUUCCCGGCCUCGGCGCACAAGGAGGACACGCACCUGCGGCCUCGGGGCUCCGCCCGCGCCAGGCCCGCACCGGCCGCGCGUGGCAUGUUCUCCUACCGGCGGGAAAGCGACUCAUCCGAGGCAUCCCCCGGCCCCAGGGCGCAUGCCAGCACUGCCCGCUCCCUAGCCCACGCUAGCUCCUGGGGCUGUCUGGCCACGGUGUCCACCCACGAAAAGAUCCAAGGACUGCCCUUUGGAAGCUGCCUGGCCAUCAGCGAUGGCCCCGUCCAUAACAGCACAGGGGUCCCUUUCUUCUACAUGACAGUCAAGGACCCUGCGGUGGCCGACCUGUUGAAGAACCCCACAGCCUCGCUGAUGCUGCCGGAGUCUGAAGGAGAGUUUUGCAGAAAAAACAUCGUUGACCCAGAAGACCCCCGCUGUGCCCGGUUAACGCUCACCGGCCGGAUGGUCACGGUGCUGCCAGGGGAGGUAGAGUUCGCCAGGCAAGCCAUGUUUUCAAGGCAUCCAGGGAUGAGGAAGUGGCCCCGCCAGUAUGAGUGGUUCUUCAUGAAGAUGUGGGUAGAACACAUCUGGCUUCAGAAAUGGUAUGGAGGUGUAGUGGACAUCCCGAGGGAGGAAUACUUCAAAGCAGCUCCAAGAAAGGCCUGA